AUGGAUCUGCAGUCGACAGAUAGGGGGAGUCUGCAGAGCAGAGCCCGAAGACCGCCGCUCAGGAUGGAUCAGGAGAAGGCGGGCGAAGGGGAGGAAGGCGGCCGAGCAGGAGGAGCCGCCGCGCGGAGCUUCGCGCGGGAUAUCGGAAACUCGCCGGCGUCGCUGCUCUCUGAAGAGGAGUGGCUGCGUUCGGCGGCGCGGUCGCUUUCCCCCGAUCCUCGCGGCCUCCUCAUCCUCCUCCUCUUCGCGUAUGCCCUCGUCCUGCAGGGCAUCCCCCGCCGGCGCCGCCUGGUUCCCAUGUACAUGGUCGCAGCGUAA